AUGAAGAAAAUGGAAACAGAGGAGCCUUUUGAGAUUGAUGGAAGCUCUGUGCAGCUGGUCAGUCUCUCAGCCAUUACUUUGGAAACAGGAAACGCCUCAAGGAAAACAAAGAAACCACUUGGACCCAAUGGAUACCAUUUUGUUAAGCAAGUUAAAGAAGGAGGACCUGCUUUUGAAGCUGGAUUAUGUACAGGUGACCAAAUUAUAAAAGUCAAUGGAGAAAGUGUUAUUGGCAAAACCUAUUCCCAAGUAAUUGCUUUAAUUCAAAACAGUGAUACAACAUUUGAGCUUAGUGUUAUGCCAAAAUAUGAAGACAUUCUCCAAGUGGCAUAUUCUCAAGAUGCCUACCUGAAAGGCAACGAAGCUUAUAGUGGCAAUGCCCGCAAUAUACCUGAACCUCCACCAAUCUGCUAUCCCUGGCUGUCAUCUGCCCCAUCAGCCAUGGCACAGCCAGUUGAAAUAUCUCCUCCUGACUCAUCAUUGAGCAAACAGCAAACCAGUACACCAGUACUGACACAACCUGGUAGGGUCUAUAGAAUGGAAAUACAAGUGCCUCCAUCACCAACAGAUGUUGCAAAAUCAAACACAGCAGUGUGUGUUUGCAAUGAAAGUGUAAGGACUGUCAUUGUGCCUUCUGAGAAGGUUGUAGAUUUGUUAUCCAAUAGAAACAACCAUACACGUCCUUCACAUAGAACUGAAGAAGUGAGGUAUGGCGUGAAUGAGCAGACCUCUUUAAAAACAGUGUCCAGAACCACAUCACCACCAUUAUCAAUUCCCACCACUCAUCUAAUUCAUCAGCCUGCAGGCUCCAGAUCAUUGGAACCUUCUGGAAUUUUACUUAAAUCUGGAAAUUACAGUGGACAUUCUGAUGGAAUCUCAAGCAGCAGAUCUCAAGCUGUGGAGGCUUCCUCUGUAUCUGUUAAUCACUAUUCGCCAAAUUCCCAUCAGCACAUAGACUGGAAAAACUAUAAAACUUACAAAGAGUAUAUUGAUAACAGAUGAUUGCACAUAGGUUGUCAGACAAUACAAGAAAGAUUAGAUAGUUUAAGAGCAGCAUCUCAAAGCACGAUGGAUUAUAACCAGGUCGUCCCCAACCGCACUACUUUGCAGGGACAACAUCGAAGCACCUCUCAUGAUCGAGUGCCCCAGUCUGUCCAGAUACGGCAACGCAGUGUGUCCCAAGAAAGACUGGAAGAUUCUGUGCUAAUGAAGUAUUGUCCAAGAAGUGCAUCUCAAGGAGCACUGAUGUCUCCAUCUGUUAGUUUUAGUAAUCAUAGAACUCGUUCAUGGGAUUAUAUUGAGGAACAGGAUGAAACCUUAGAAAAUGUCAAUUCUGGAACUCCAAUACCUGAUUCCAAUGGAGAGAUAAAACAGACUUACAAGUGGAGUGGGUUUACUGAACAGGAUGAUAGACGAGGUAUUUAUGAAAGACCUAGGCAGCAAGAAAUUCAUAAAUCUUUUCGAGGUUCCAAUUUUGCUGUGGCUCCAAGCUUUGUUAAUUCUGAUAACAGGCGAAUGAGUGGUAGAGGAGUGGGAUCUGUGUCGCAGUUUAAAAAAAUUCCACCAGAUCUAAAAACACUGCAGUCAAACAGAAAUUUUCAGACUACUUGUGGAAUGUCACUGCCUCAGUGUAUUUCACAAGACAGGUCACCUCUUGUGAAAGUCCGAAGUAAUUCUCUGAAAGCUCCUUCCACGCAUGUCACAAAACCAUCAUUUAGCCAGAAAUCAUUUGUUUCUAUCAAAGACCAAAGACCAGUAAAUCACUUGCAUCAGAACAGUCUGUUGAAUCAGCAGACAUGGGUAAGGACUGACAGUGCCCCCAAUCAGCAAGUGGAGACUGGGAAAUCCCCCUCUUUAUCUGGAGCCUCUGCCAAACCUGCCCCUCAGUCGAGUGAAAACGCUGGUACUUCAGAUUUAGAACUACCUGUCAGUCAAAGGAAUCAAGACUUAAGUUUACAAGAGGCUGAAAUUGAGCAAUCAGAUACUUUAGAUAAUAAAGAAGCUGUCAUCCUAAGGGAAAAACCUCCAUCUGGACGCCAGACACCGCAGCCUUUAAGGCAUCAGUCUUACAUCUUGGCAGUAAACGACCAGGAGACCUGGUCAGACACUACCUGCUGGCUGCCCAAUGAUGCACGUCGAGAGGUCCACAUAAAAAGAAUGGAGGAAAGAAAAGCCUCGAGUACCAGUCCGCCUGGCGAUUCUUUGACUUCCAUACCAUUUAUAGAUGAACCAACUAGCCCUAGCAUUGAUCAUGAUAUUGCACAUAUCCUUGCUUCUGCUGUUCUAUCAGCCUCUAACUUUCAGGUCCCCUCCAUAGCAACAGUUCCUCCUAGCCUCACAACUUCAGCUCCAUUAAUUCGCCGUCAGCUCUCACAUGACCACGAAUCUGUUGGCCCUCCUAGCCUGGAUGCUCAGCCCAACUCAAAGACAGAAAGAUCAAAAUCAUAUGAUGAGGGUCUGGAUGAUUACAGAGAAGAUGCAAAAUUGUCCUUUAAGCACGUAUCUAGUCUGAAGGGAAUCAAGAUCGCAGACAGCCAAAAGUCAUCAGAAGACUCUGGGUCCAGAAAAGAUUCUUCCUCAGAGGUCUUCAGUGAUGCUGCCAAGGAAGGGUGGCUCCAUUUCCGACCCCUUGUCACCGAUAAGGGCAAGCGAGUUGGUGGAAGUAUUCAGCCAUGGAAACAGAUGUAUGUUGUCCUUCGGGGUCAUUCACUUUACCUGUACAAAGAUAAAAGAGAGCAGACGACUCCGUCUGAGGAAGAGCAGCCCAUCAGUGUUAAUGCUUGCUUGAUAGACAUCUUUUACAGUGAGACCAAGAGGAAAAAUGUGUUUCGACUCACCAUGUCUGACUGUGAAUGCCUGUUUCAGGCUGAAGACAUAGAUGAUAUGUUAGCUUGGAUCAAGACGAUCCGGGAGAGCAGCAACCUAAACGAAGAGGACACUGGAGUCACUAACAGGGAUCUAAUUAGUCGAGCAAUAAAAGAAUACAACAAUCUGAUGAGCAAAGCAGAACAGUUGCCAAAAACACCUCGCCAGAGUCUCAGCAUCAGGCAAACUUCGCUUGGUGCUAAAUCAGAGCCAAAGACUCAAAGCCCACACUCUCCGAAGGAAGAAUUGGAAAGGAAACUUCUCAGUAAAGAUGAUACCAGUCCCCCAAAAGACAAAGGCACAUGGAGAAAAGGCAUUCCAAGUAUCAUGAGAAAGACAUUUGAGAAAAAGCCAACUGCUACAGGAACUUUCGGCAUCCGACUAGAUGACUGCCCACCAGCUCAUACUAAUCGGUAUAUUCCAUUAAUAGUUGACAUAUGUUGCAAAUUAGUUGAAGAAAGAGGUCUUGAAUAUACAGGUAUUUACAGAGCUCCUGGAAAUAAUGCAGCCAUCUCAAGUAUGCAAGAAGAACUCAACAAGGGAAUGGCUGAUAUUGAUAUACAAGAUGAUAAAUGGUGAGAUUUGAAUGUGAUAAGCAGUUUACUAAAAUCCUUCUUCAGAAAACUCCCUGAGCCUCUCUUCACAAAUGAUAAAUAUGCUGAUUUUAUUGAAGCCAAUCGUAAAGAAGAUCCUCUAGAUCGUCUGAAAACAUUAAAAAGACUAAUUCACGAUUUGCCUGAACAUCAUUAUGAAACACUUAAGUUCCUUUCAGCUCAUCUGAAGACAGUGGCAGAAAAUUCAGAAAAAAAUAAGAUGGAACCAAGAAACCUAGCAAUAGUGUUUGGUCCCACCCUUGUUCGAACAUCAGAAGACAACAUCACCCACAUGGUCACCCACAUGCCUGACCAGUACAAGAUCGUAGAAACGUUCAUCUAGCACCAUGACUGGUUUUUCACAGAAGAAGGUGCUGAAGAGCCUCUUACAACAGUGCAGGAGGAAAGCACAGUAGACUCUCAGCCAGUGCCAAACAUAGAUCAUUUACUCACCAACAUUGGAAGGACAGGAGUCUCCCCAGGAGAUGUAUCAGAUUCAGCUACUAGUGACUCAACAAAAUCUAAGGGUUCUUGGGGAUCUGGAAAGGGUCAGUAUAGCAGGGAACUGCUUGUGUCCUCCAUCUUUGCAGCUGCUAGUCACAAGAGGAAGAAGCCAAAAGAAAAAGCACAGCCUAGCAGCUCAGAAGAUGAACUGGACAAUGUAUUUUUUAAGAAAGAAAAUGUGGAACAGUGUCACAGUGAUACUAAAGAGGAGUCCAAAAAAGAAAGUGAGACACUGGGCAGAAAACAGAAGAUCAUCAUUGCCAAAGAAAACAGCACUAGGAAAGACCCCAGCAGGACAAAAGAUGAAAAGAUAUCACUAGGAAAAGAGAGCACGCCUUCCGAAGAACCCUCACCACCACACAACUCAAAACACAACAAGUCACCAACUCUCAGCUGUCGCUUUGCCAUCCUGAAAGAGAGCCCCAGGUCACUUCUGGCACAGAAGUCCUCCCACCUUGAAGAGACAGGCUCUGACUCUGGCACUUUGCUCAGCACGUCUUCCCAGGCCUCCCUGGCAAGGUUUUCCAUGAAGAAAUCAACCAGUCCAGAAACGAACAGCGAGUUUUUGGCCAACGUCAGCACCAUCACCUCAGAUUAUUCCACCACAUCGUCUGCUACAUACUUGACUAGCCUGGACUCCAGUCGACUGAGCCCUGAGGUGCAAUCCGCGGCAGAGAGCAAGGGGGACGAGGCAGAUGACGAGAGAAGCGAACUCAUCAGCAAAGGGCGGCCUGUGGAAACCGACAGCGAGAGCGAGUUUCCCGUGUUCCCCACAGCCUUGACUUCAGAGAGGCUUUUCCGAGGAAAACUGCAAGAAGUGACUAAGAGCAGCCGGAGAAAUUCUGAAGGAAGUGAAUUAAGUUGCACCGAGGGAAGUUUAACAUCAAGUUUAGAUAGCCGGAGACAGCUCUUCAGUUCCCAUAAACUCAUCGAAUGUGAUACUCUUUCCAGGAAAAAAUCAGCUAGAUUCAAGUCAAAUAGUGGAAGUCUAGGAGAUGCCAAGAAUGAGAAAGAAGCACCUUCAUUAACUAAAGUGUUUGAUGUUAUGAAAAAAGGAAAGUCAACUGGGAGUUUACUGACACCCACCAGAGGCGAAUCCGAAAAACAGGAACCCACAUGGAAAACGAAAACAGCAGAUCGGUUAAAACUGAGACCCAGAGCCCCUGCGGAUGACAUGUUUGGAGUAGGGAAUCACAAAGUGAAUGCCGAGACUGCUAAAAGGAAAAGCAUCCGGCGCAGACAUACACUAGGAGGGCACAGAGAUGCUACUGAAAUCAGCGUUUUGAAUUUUUGGAAAGUGUAUGAGCAGAGCGGGGAGAGAGAAUCUGAACUUUCAGCUGUAAACCAAUUAAAACCAAAAUGCUCAGCCCAGGACCUUUCCAUCUCAGACUGGCUGGCCAGGGAACGCCUACGCACCAGUACCUCUGACCUUAGCAGAGGAGAAAUCGGAGAUCCCCAGACAGAGAACCCAAGCACACGAGAAAUAGCCACGACCGACACACCUUUGUCUCUUCAUUGCGACACAGGCAGUUCUUCCAGCACCUUGACUUCAACAAACAGGCCCCUUCUUUCCAUACCACCACAGUCACCUGACCAAAUACAUGGAGAAAGCUUCCAGAACGUGAGCAAAAAUGCUAGUUCUGCAGCGAAUGCCCAACCUCAUAAACUAUCUGAAACCCCAGGCAAUAAAGCAGAGUUUCAUCCCUGUCUUUAAACUGGGGGUAUGUCCACUCUAGCAAGUAAAAAAA